AGUUGAAAAUUCCAAGUUAGACAGUAAUUUCACUGGAAAUGGAAUCAAGUCAGUGAAGUUCACUUGUGGCGCCCCUUUUCUCUGUUUUCUUCUACUCUUAUGAAUUUUCUUUCAACUCUGAAGUGCUAAUUUUCAAGACGAAUUAUGUGUAGAAUCUUGUAAUAAUAAAUUGCAUUUUACCGUACGCUGACAACAAUGACGGUCGACAUCGAAGCAAUGGCAGUGAGAAUUGGUGUCGAUCUUUCGCAAGUUGAUUUGGAUUCCAUACGUCUUCCUCCUGGAGAAGAUUUGGGCAUCCCUAGUGAUGAUGAUGAUCUUAGGGAAGAGGAAAAUUUGGAAUUUGACCAAGGUUUUGCAAAUAUAGUUGUGGUGGAUCAUCUUCCUCAAGUUCCUAAAGAGAAAUUUGAAAAACUUGAAAGUGUUAUUCGCAAGAUUUAUAGUCAAAUUGGUGUCAUCAAAGAGGAUGGUUUUUGGAUGCCUGUUGAUCCUUCUACGAGAAAAACUCUUGGUUAUUGCUUCAUUGAGUAUAAUACUCCUCAGGAAGCUGAGCUUGCUAAGGAUAAAACUCAUGGGUAUAAGUUGGAUAAGUCACACAUAUUUGCUGUGAAUUUAUUUGAUGAUAUUGAGAAGUUUAUGAAAGUUCCUGAUGAAUGGGCUCCACCGGAAACAAAGCUGUAUACUCCUGGGGAAAAUCUACAACUGUGGCUUACUGAUGUAAAAGCUCGAGAUCAGUUUGUUAUUCGUGCUGGCCAUGAUACUGAGGUUCUUUGGAAUGAUGCUAGGCAGAUGAAGCCUGAUCCUGUUUAUAAACGUUCUUGUUGGACAGAAAGCUUUGUCCAAUGGUCUUCUUUGGGCACUUACCUAGCUACAGUCCAUCGCCAAGGUGCUGCUGUCUGGGGUGGGGCCUCAGCUUUUAAUCGCUUACAGCGUUAUGCUCAUCCUAUGGUUAAAUUCAUCGACUUUUCUCCUGGUGAGAACUAUCUUGUUACAUACAGCAGCCAUGAACCAAGCAAUCCACGUGACACUCAUAGGGUCGUUAUAAACAUCUUUGAUGUAAGGACUGGAAAAGUGAGGAGAGACUUUAAAGGAAGUGCUGAUGAAUUUGCAGUUGGUGGAACUGGUGGUUUGACUGGGCUCAAUUGGCCAAUCUUCAAAUGGGCUGGUGGAAAAGAUGACAAAUAUUUUGCAAGAAUUGGAAAGAACACUGUGUUUGUGUAUGAGACUGAAACUUUUAGUCUUAUAGACAAAAAGUCGAUUAAAGUGGAAAAUGUAAUGGACUUCAGUUGGUCUCCUACUGAUUCCAUAUUAGCACUUUUUGUUCCAGAACUUGGAAACCAACCAGCCAAGGUUAGUCUCUAUCAGAUCCCUAGCAAAGUUGAGAUCAGGCAGAAGAAUCUGUUUAGUGUCAGUGAUUGCAAAAUGUAUUGGCAAAGCAAUGGAGAGUACCUUGCUGUUAAAGUCGACAGGUAUACAAAAACCAAGAAAAGCACAUAUACUGGCUUUGAACUUUUUCGAAUCAAGGAACGUGACAUACCCAUUGAGGUCUUGGAGCUUGAAAAUAAAAAUGAUAAAAUCAUUGCGUUUGCAUGGGAGCCUAAGGGCCAUAGAUUUGCUGUUAUCCAUGGUGACAACCCGAGGCCUGAUGUAAGUUUUUACUCGAUGAAAACUGCUCAUCACACAAGCCGAGUUUCUAAGCUCACAACUCUUAAGAGUAAGCAAGCUAAUGCUCUAUACUGGUCUCCUGGUGGUCGGUUUAUUAUAUUAGCUGGAUUAAAGGGGUUUAAUGGGCAGCUUGAAUUUUUUAAUGUUGAUGAUCUUGAAACUAUGGCAACAACUGAGCAUUUUAUGUGUAAUGACGUUGAGUGGGAUCCUACUGGGAGGUAUGUUGCAACUGUUGUCACAUCAGUCCAUGAGAUGGAGAAUGGGUUCAACGUCUGGUCGUUCAAUGGGAAGCUACUAUACAGAAUACUAAAGGACCAUUUCUUCCAGUUUUUGUGGCGCCCCAGACCUCCAUCGUUGCUGAGCCCUGAGAAGGAAGAGGAAAUUGCAAAGAAUUUGAAGAAAUACAGCAAGAAGUAUGAAGCUGAAGACCAGGAUGUGUCGUUAUUAUUAAGCGAACAGGAUCGUGAGAAGAGGAGAUUACUGAAGGAAGAAUGGGAAUCGUGGGUUAACAAAUGGAAGAAGUACCACCAAGAUGAAAAAAUAGACCGUGAAAGGCUUAGAGAUGGUGAGGUUAGUGAUGAAGAGGAAGAAUACGAGGCUAAGGAAGUCGAAUAUGAAGAGGUUGUUAAUGUUGAAGAAGAAAUUGUUGAUUACGAGCAGUAAUUACUAACUAUAUUGAAUGAAUGUUCAAUUAUGUAUUGUACACCUUUCUCAGUUUUGGCCUUAUUUAAGCAAAUGGAUUUUGACCUGUUUUUCGAUUGACUUUUGGUCUGUUGAUAAGACUGGUUAAAGAGCAAUAUAUAGUUUUUAAGUUAGCUUCUAAACCAAGAAUAAUCUUAUGGGAUUCCACAUUUGUUUUUGUACACUGAAGUCCUAAUCUAAACAUUUUAAUGAACCAACUUUAUAAACAUAAGUUGUUUUAUAAGACGCUUUAAUUG